AUGUCGAUGUUCAGAUCUGCUGCGGAAAUCUCGUCGUCGGACCCAGACACAGAUUCCGAUGUGACGGACGACGAAAACGACGAAAACGAUAAAAAGGUCAAUUCGCACCCCAGAGAGAUCCCUGAGUCGUCCAAGAUCGACAAGGGAAAAUCCUCUACGCAUUUGUCGAGCAGCGUGGAUUCAGCAAGCGAAGUCGAUGCUUCGAUCUCACGGGAAGAUGUGUCGAUGUUGUCGAAGGAUGCUCUUGCUUCUAAUGUGGAGCGACAUGCGAACUUCAUGACAGCUGCCCUCCUAGAGUUCUACUGUCAAACACGAGCGGCAGAUAUCCUCAAUGCACAGAAAGGGUCUUCCACAAAAUUUACUCGCCACUCUCCAGAAGCUCAGUACCUGGGCAAAAAGCUGUACAAAUACAAAUCACGGUUUCUCGCUUCACAUGGCGUUCUUGCUGAUGGAAUCGAAGAUGAAGAUCUGGAUGGGACCAGACAGACGUAUCGUGAUAAUUUGGAUAUGCUCGGCCUUUCCGCUCUGGAGGACUUGAAUCUGAACGACACUCAGCCACCCACGCCAAUAGAAGGAAGCGAAGAACUCGCCCUUGUUUCCAAUCUGUCUCGAGCUCAACGAGGGGAUCAAGGAACUGAGAGGAAUUUACAUUUCUGGAAGUUGCCGGGAGAGGAGGCACCAUUUCGCCAACAAAUACCCCGUAAUGGCAGCUUUAACGUCCUACAGGGUGUCCCAAUUGAGGCCCCGAGGCUGCCCGCACCGUCAAGGCCUUUAUUUGGGAGUUCUCCGGUGAGCAUGCCUCUGUUCAGUGGACCCGCCAUGCCACCAUACAACAACAUGUCACGCUAUGCCGUCGAGUUCACGGAACUCCGAGUUUUAGGCCGAGGAUCGUUUGGAGAGGUUUACCAUGUGACGAACCAUAUUGACGGGCAGGACUACGCCGUGAAGAAGAUUCCGCUCAGUCAAAAACGCUUGGACCAGUUACAGUAUGGGGGUCAAAACCAGUUGGAGGUAAUCAUGAAAGAGAUUCGGACACUCGCGAGGCUCGAACAUACAAACAUCGUACGGUACUAUGGCGCUUGGGUUGAACAAGCUCAUGUCACGCGCCACGGUCACAGAGAGCAAAAGCUUCACCAGGAUCAUCAGUCAUCAGCUCUGGACGAGACCGGGCCCGCAUCAAUGCAUGAGACCAGCAUGGACAUAGUAUUUGAGCAUUCAGAAAGCUCAGUCACUCGUGCCCAUGCCAGUGAACCCUUAUCCGAUGACAAUGGCUUUUCGAACGACAUCACCCGUUGGGACAGCCACACCACAUCGUCCACACACCGAUCAAAAAAGAGCUCUGUCUUUGACAUUGAAGAGGACGACGAGGUUGAAUCCAUCCCGCGCAAUCUUAGAGGGCCCUCUUUUGGUGAAACCUCUACUUUUGAAGAAACAGACGAUAUCUUCACAGAUGGUGUGAGUCAGGAUCAGUCAAGGUUUCAGCUACAGCGGCGCCAUCGAUUUGGCCAUCAACCACCCGCGGUCAUUCUUCACAUUCAGAUGUCACUCCAUCCUAUCUCCCUCAGCUCCUACCUCAAUCCUCAUGCAACCGGCAAACUAAACCAUCACCACGGAGAUCCAGCCCGCCGCCACUGCUUUCAUUUGAUGCCGUCUCUGAGGCUGAUGCUGGAUAUCGUUGCUGGUGUCGAGUAUCUGCAUUCCAAAGGGAUCAUCCACCGCGACCUGAAGCCCGCGAAUAUUUUCCUCUGUGCACCCGAGAGUACUACAAAAGACGUGUGCACCUCAUGCAACUUAGGCUCGGCCCCACUCGCCCAUUUCUGUCGUCCGCGCAUUGGCGAUUUUGGCCUCGUCGCUGACAUAUCGCACCUGAACGAUGCUGCGUCCGAGAGCGCGAUUACUCCUUAUCGCGAUGGACCGAAAGUACAGCCUGUUGUUGGAACCGAGUUCUAUCGACCUCCUGCCAACGCCGAAGUCUCGGAUCUUUCGGGCUACUUUGACGAGUACCGGAUUGAUGAGAAGCUUGACGUCUACGCCCUGGGUGUGAUAUUCUUCGAGCUCCUGUACCGCUUGAAUACGAAAAUGGAGCGACAGAUGGUGCUCAAUGAGUUGACACGGCGAGCCACUGCUUUCCCAAGCGACUUCGCGGACAAGAUCGACCACUGCGACACGGUGCUUGACACAGGCCGGACUGUUGCCGAGUCUGUGAUGGAUUGCAUUCGUGGCAUGCUGGAUCCUCGCUCCCAGCGGAGGUGGACCCUUCGUGAGGUCAAAGAGCACAUUCGUCCCAUCUACAAAUUUAUGAAACACCACGAGAACACACGUGCGUAG